UGGAGAAAUAAAGUUGUUUUUAAACGUGAGGUUCGGUGGGAAAGUGCCUUCAUUUGACUGGGGAUCAAAAUGUCGCUUAGAAGCGACCGUUGCCUCGUCCUGCUCGUCGUGUUCGGUCUCUCUGUAACCGCCUACUGUACGUUUCCCACCCUAGACCACAUCAAACCGAAAGCCAGCGACAAGGCUCAGGGGAGAGCAGUGGUCGAGCUGCUAAAACGCCUGCUCGGAAACAGAUCUACGGAGUUCAUAGUGUCAGUGAACAGGAGCCUUUCCAACGACAGUCUGGACGUGUGCGAGCUGAGGUCCACUAAAAACAACAAGAUAGUCGCGACAGGCAGCACCGGAGUGGCCGUGGCCUCUGGCAUUUACAACUAUUUGAAAUAUUUCUGCAACUGCCAUGUUUCCUGGUCUGGUGACCAGCUAGAUCUGCCCCGUCCUUUGCCAAAGCUCACCGGCGUCCUGCGCAUCAACACCCAGCAUAGAUUCCGGUAUUACCAGAACGUGUGCACUUUUAGCUAUUCCUCCGUGUGGUGGGACUGGACUAGAUGGGAGCGAGAGAUCGACUGGAUGGCGCUCAAUGGAAUCAAUCUGCCGCUGGCUUUUACUGGCCAAGAAGCCCUGUGGCAAGAGGUUUACCGAGCUCUCGGGUUGAACCAGUCAGAGAUUGAGGAGUUCUUCUCUGGCCCCGCCUUUCUGGCCUGGAACCGUAUGGGAAACAUGUUCAAGUUUGGUGGACCUCUGCCGCAGUCCUGGCAUGUGAAACAGCUCUAUCUCCAAUUUAAAAUCUUAGAGCGAAUGAGAUCCUUCGGCAUGAUUCCUGUGCUGCCAGCCUUCUCUGGCAACAUUCCCAAGGGAAUCCUCAGGUUAUAUCCAGAAGCCAAUGUAACUAGACUGGGGCCUUGGUCUCAUUUCAACUGCAGCUUCUCAUGCUCCUAUAUGUUAGACCCUCAGGACCCACUUUUCCUCCAGAUCGGUUCCCUCUAUCUGUCCCAGGUGGUGAAGCAGUUUGGUACAGACCACAUCUACAACACUGACACGUUCAAUGAAAUGACUCCACCUUCUCCUGACCCCAUCUACCUGUCUGCAGUCAGUCGCUCCGUCUUUGCCUCUAUGACCGCAGUUGAUCCUCAGGCAAUUUGGCUGAUGCAAGGUUGGCUUUUCUUCAGUGAUGCAGCGUUCUGGAAGCCAGCCCAGAUUCAGGCCCUACUACAUGGAGUGCCCCUCGGAAGAAUGAUCGUGCUGGACCUGUUUGCAGAGACUGAGCCAAUUUUCUCCUACACUGAGUCUUUCUAUGGGCAGCCUUUCAUCUGGUGCAUGCUGCAGAACUUUGGGGGCAACAGUGGAUUCUUUGGCACAGUGGAGAGCAUCAAUUCAGGGCCCUUCAAAGCCUUACAUUUCCCAAACUCCACCCUGGUGGGCAUAGGCAUGACACCUGAGGGCAUUGAGCAGAAUCCUGUGAUGUACGAGUUGAUGAGCGAGUUGGCUUGGCGCAAGGAGCCGGUCAACUUGUCCAAGUGGGUGUCACUGUAUGCAGCACGGCGCUAUGGCAGCACACAAGAGAACCUGACUGCUGCAUGGAGGCUCCUGUUUGCCAGCGUCUACAACUGCACAGUGCCACAUUACAAAAACCACAACCAUAGCCCACUGGUGCGCCGGCCUUCCUUUCAUAUGAAUUCUGACCUUUGGUAUGACCCAGCUGCCUUGUACAAAGCCUGGAGACUGAUGAUUGAGACAGCUCCAUCUCUCAUGUCCAAGGAGACCUUCCGAUAUGAUCUUGUGGAUGUCACACGGCAGGUCCUUCAAGUCAUGACCACAUCCUUUUACCAGGAUAUUGCAGAUGCCUUCCAGAAACAAAGGCUGCCGGAGCUGCUGACUGCAGGUGGGGUUCUGGUCUAUGACCUCUUGCCUGAGCUCAAUAGUUUGCUGAAUAGCGACCGCAACUUCCUGUUGGGGACAUGGCUGGAGCGGGCCCGAUCCUUAGCCCUAGAUGAGAAGGAGGCACAGCUCUAUGACAUGAAUGCCAGAAACCAGCUCACUCUAUGGGGUCCCACCGGUGAGAUCCUGGACUAUGCCAGCAAAGAGUGGGGAGGCCUCAUGGAGGACUACUACGCCCAGCGGUGGGGCCUGUUUGUUCACACCUUGGUGGAGUGUCUAGACAGCGGACGACCAUUCAAACAGGACGCCUUUAACCAGGCAGUUUUCCAGGUAGAAAAGGGAUUCAUUUACAACAACCGAAGGUACCCGACCAAGCCUCAGGGAAACACAUACGAGAUCGCCCGCAGGAUCUUCCUCAAGUACUACCCACAGGCCUUGAAGAGACUAUAGGGAAGAACGUGUCAAGUCGCAGCAAGAAGAAUGUCUUCCUCCACCUCCAGUUUUCCAAGACUAUCCCAAAACAUUUUUAAGUAGAAAAUCCAGCAACCUGAAUUUACAGGAACAAUCUGUUUUGCACAUGUAGUAAAAUCAGAAAUAGAUAGUUGUUCAUGAUGUAGGGUUAUUCAAAUUGAUUUAAUUUCCAAUCUUGUCCUUAAAUAGGAGAAUAAAGACAGCACAUUUGUUGAACUGUUCCUUUAAAUUACAGGUACUGCACUGUAACUGUAACGGAUGUCAGUAGGGUAUCGAAUGUUGUGUCCUGUUCUGAGAGACUGAGAGGACUGUGUGCUUCAUCACAACAAGCAGGCUAGUAGCAUACUUUCCACACAAUUCAGAUGUGUUUGAUCUUACAUAACAAUUUUCUACUUAAAGCUGGGGUAGAUUAAAAAAAAAAAAGCCAGAAUUUGAAAAUACAGCCCUCCUCCUGUCCCCCCUGCCUCCCUCCUCGUGUCCCCCCUGCCUCUCUGAUGCAUGGGCAGGCAGGCACACAUGCAACACAACAGUUUAACAGCUUUCUUCUUUACUCACUCUCACACAGUUUCCUGUCAAGGCACAACAACCUUUCACCUCUCACCUGUAUCCCAUCUCCCUGCCUGAAUUCAAGUGAUAUUGCAUCUCUUUCAUUGUCUGCCUCCAAAAACCCCCUCCUGUCCGUCUGAGUGCCCGACCCAGAUCCAGAGCCCUGAACCCAGUCCUGAGCGAUGAGCAGAACACCUCAGUGUCCGACCUGAAGUCCUUUUAAUUUCAACAGACAUAGCAAAUAUCACCUGCCCUAGCUUUAAAUUACAUUUACAAUCACAGCUUACAUAUAUGGUGAGUGAGAUCGGACCAUUACACAAUGAGUUUCUGUGAAGGUUUUCUGAACAGCGGGGUGUUAAAUGCUGACUACUUGUUCUGACAAGCUGGUUUAUGGUGCACCUUAGCAGAUUAUUUCAUGUGUUGUUGUUCCUAGAUGCUUUUUCUUUUGGAAAAAAAUAUAUUUUUUUAUGAAAAUUCAUAGAUGUUCAGCAGAGACAUUUCACAUGUACAUCAAACACUAAAAGUAUUGUGUAUUUUUAGUCCCAUUGGUUUUGUUUUAGAUCGCUGACGUGUAGAUGAGAUGAGAUGUUUCUUUUUGAGAGUUGUAGUUUUAGUUCAGGACAGUGUAUAAACCUUGGGACAAUCAUGAUUACUAUAUGAGUGUUUUAGCAGUGACUCCAUGAGCGAACUUUCAGAGUUACACAGUAUUGGUUUCUGUAUUGUAUAAAUGCUAUUUUUGUAUUUUGAUGACUGAAGCUGUUGUGAAUCUUCAACUCAGGCAUGUCAUAAAAGUCUUAAGGCUAUUUGACUAAACAGUGAUUUCGUUCUCCACCUGUGUGUUGAACACAUUCUCAGUGAUGAUAUUAACGUCACAUAUUGACCUGGCCAGUGUACGUAUCCAUCUCUCCUCUCAUACUGUGCAGCACAGGGCUGGAGAAUAUUCCUGCAUGUGUUGGCUGAGAGGAAUGAUCCACCUCGACAGGUCACUGGUCUUUAAUGACACACCCAAACAUACAAGCAUUCACACUCCUAAUUCAGAGUUUCCAACUCACUAAAUUCAUGUGUUUGGACUGUGGGAGUGAAGCAGAUGUUUGGUGUAAACCAGGUUUUAUCAAGUUCAAUAUCAGCUCUUUUUCCUAGUGAAACUAUUAAUUACCAAUGGUUUUGCCUAUGGGAAAUUGUUAGUGUUUGCAAAUCAGCAACAUUAACCUUUACACAUUGAUGGGGCAUAGAAUUGGGCAUUAUGAUGAUAUACAGUGGUGGGACAAGUACUCAGAUCAUUUACUGAAGUAAAAGUUGCAAUACCAGACUGCAGAAAUACUAUGUUACAAACCCUUCUCUUAAAAUCCCUGCUUUAAGUGUUGCUCCUGUGACUGAUAUAUUCAUACAUACAGUAUUAUUAGAUUGUUAACAGUAACGCAUCAAUGUGUAAGCAGCGUUUUACUGUUGAAGCUGUUAAUGGUGGAGCUUGUUUGACCUACUGUUUUUACAGUGAGAUCAUUCUAGAGAAAUCUGUUUUCACUUUUCAGACUUAGUCUUUGCUGUUUUUUUGAAAAAUGUUGGAUUAAUUUUAUACAAAUACAUACAGUAGAUACAUAAGUGGUCAUACAGUUUGCAGCAUAUUGUGACACAAUAUAAAUAGCUGAUCAUGGAAAAUCAUCAGAGAUUUUGCUGUACACUGUGACAGCUCUAUAUUUAAAGUCUAGCUUCAUCAGUAUGUUGCAAAUCAACAAGCACGGCUGGUUUAUGACAAUCACAGAUUUUUAUGCCUUUUUUGUACCGACGUGAUGAUAUACUCCAUCUGUCAGGUAUUCAAUUUGCUGGAUCAGCCAAAAAGUGAUUGUCUUGUCUGAUUAAUUUAUCCAACAUUUUUUUCAUUCAGUUUCUCAGAAAAUGUAUUAUAUCAUGAUAUUUGCUGAUACAAACAAAAAAAGACAUAUACAGUGAUAAAGGUUUUUUUUUCACAACUGAACACAAACUGGAACUAAGGACUGCCAGUUACCAUACAGUCUUAUUUUGAAAGAGCAGAAGUAAUAGAAUUGCAGGUUAGUCACUGGGGGCCGAUGUUAUUCACAACAACUGUCUAUCUGCCAGAAACAAGGCUUGUUACUGAAUCCUACAAAUAUUCCACAUUUCAUCAUUUAUUACUAUACAAAAUGUAUAUCAUUCACAGACUGAGACACUGUAUUUGCUGAGGACAGUGAAGACAAACUGAUCAGAGGUCUUACUGUCUAUAGAAUACUGCUGAUUUUAUGUUAAUGUCAGUAUUUACGGUGAAUUACUUCAAUAUAGCAAGAUCAGGAAUAUGCUUUGAAUGACUAGUUUCCUUUGUAUAUGUUUAAAUGUGGACAUGUUUUCCUUACAGGCUCCCUUAAUGUGGUUAAUGUAUGAGCAUUGACCACAUUGAUUAAACAGUCUUUUUUCAUACUUGAAUCUCACUAUUUUAUCCAACUAAAAUACAUUUCCUGAAUUUAUUUGAAUAUAACACAAUAAUACAGAAUGUGAUGUUUAGCAAAGGUUAAGAUAAUCCUUUGUUGAAGUGAACUUAUAAAUUGUUUACCAUCAUUUCCUUUACGUACCAAUGUCCAGCAAAUCUUUCGUUUGAAGCCCAGGGAGCAGAGUUUUGGACUGGAAUCAGGGACUCACAGAAAGAGAUGGUGUCUCUCAGUGGUUUGAAA